AGCAGGAAACACGUUUGACAUUAGCAAAUGGGUCCUAAUCGGGUCCUCGGUUCACAAAACCAAAACAGUUUGCAAAUGUGAAAUGAAUCGCUAAUAAAAGCCGAGUGUAUUUACAUGUCUUUUGCGUAAUGGCUGGGAAUAAUGAUGAUGAACUGGAAAGACGUGCAGUGGAGGAGCUGCUCAAAGAGGCCAAUAGAGGCCGGGCGCGUGCAGAGACCAUGGGUCCAGCCGGGUGGAUGAAGUGUCCUCUAGGAAGCACCAAUAAACGCUUUCUGCUGAACACUCUGCGUCCGUGUGCUGCUGAGCACCGAUCUGGGAGUCGGUCAGCUAUGACGAGAGGAGCUGAAGACAGCAGAGAAGACGGCAGAGAUCGACGGUCACGUCACCAACAUCACCACAAUGAGGACAGAGAACACAGCAAACACACGAGAGAGUGUCCUCGUUCACAUUCGCAAUCUUCAAGACCUCAUGAUUCAUCUAUGAGUCAGUUAUCAUCCACAGGCCACGUCCCCCGUCACAGCAGCCAAUCAAAUAGAACUCGAUCCCGAUCACCCAUCAGAGAACGCCCUGCAACCAAAAGAUCCCCUAACAGGACUCAAAAAUGAUGCACUACCUCUUUGUACUGAAUGAAAUGUUCUCUCUAAGGGCUGAUUUAUACUUCUGCUAAGAUGCAAGAGAAACAGGAGAGGGUGUAAGAAAAAAAGGCAAUUUGAGGCAAAGCCGAAGUGCAUGCCUCUAAAAUUUUAACAUGGCUCUAACUUUAUUAUUGCACUGAACAAAUCCACUGUGAGAAAUGACCGAAUUUCCACCAGACUGAUUAGAUUCUGAAUGGGAUUACUAUAGCCUCAUUCAAGUCUCAGAUCAUUUGACAUAGCAAAGCCUGUAACGAUGAUCAGUGAGCUAAUAAUCAGUGCUACAGACACCUGAAGAGAGCACAACAUUUCUUUUAUUUCUCUUUUGGCAGAUUUUUUUUUACUUUGGGUUUCUCCCAAGAAAACUUUUAGGAGCAAAUCUUUCAGAUACAAACAAUUCAAUAGCACUGAUAUUUUUUAUGCGCACAUGUAAGAUACUAAACAUGUUCAAACAACCAAAAAAUAGUUGAGUUUGUCAUCCUCAGAGUCCUCCAUAAAAACUCACA